AUGUUUUUGUUCUUAAUGUCAAAGCGCGUAGAUUUUGCUGUUAUUUUGAAUUAUAAUUGUAGCACAGUCGUGAUCGAAGAUAAAUAUCCACAUGCUCCUCAUCAUUAUUUAAUACUGAGUAAACGGCAUAUCAAUAAAUCAAGUGAUUUGAAAGUUGCUGAUCUUCCACUUGUAAGGGAAAUGGGUCUUGUAGGACGAGAUUAUCUGCGUGAAACACUGAAAAAAAAAGGUGAAGCUGACACUGUCGAAGAUCUAUUACGAAUGGGAUUCCACUGGUCAAAAUUUGUUUCCGUAAAUCAUCUUCAUAUGCAUGUGCUCUACCCAAUUUCAGAAAUGAAAAUUUUUUAUCGGUGGGUCAUAUUUCGACCGGGUCGAUUUUUCCGUACAACUAGCAGUGUGAUUGAAGAGUUAGAGAAACAGAAAAACGAAGUUGGUCAAAUUGAUUUAGAAGAGCAUAUGCAGAGUAAUACGGUGUCUGUUAAGCCGGAAGAGUUGUCUGAAAAGAAAGUGCUAACAGCUGCUGCAACUUUGACUUAA